AUGGACAAAAAACUGAAACUGAAACUGAACGGGAACAGAGGCGUGAUUGGUAUUUUACGCGGGUUCGAUCAGUUUUUAAAUUUAGUCUUGGACGAGUGCGUGAACGACUCGACGGCGGAGAAAACGCCGCUCGGGAUGGUCGUCGUGAGAGGCGCGAGCGUUUUAUCGAUGGAAGCGUUGGAGCACAUCGCGCCCGUGCAAAGGAAGUCUGUAAUGUAA